CAGUCCACUACACAAUCAAAAUCUCAGACUGGAUUCCGGUCUGAUCCACCUGAUGACCUGAAUCCGAAUCUGGGCUCCGUCCUUUAAACUUCCAGGCAGCUACUACUACUUCCCCCCAUAUGACAUGAAACCCGACCCGAAAUGCUGAGAAGCAUCCGUUCGCGGCGGCCCCACCGCCCCCGUUACGGCGUCUACAUCUGCGCCGUGAUCUCCGCCCUCCUCCUCCUCCUCUCCGUCUCUCUCCUCUACACCCGCCUCUCCCACUCCCAGUCCCACCACCUCAACUACCGCUACCCGACCCCCUUAAACGACGACGUUUCCCUCUCCAACCCCCUCAUCUCCGACGACGCCGCCGCCACCGUCACCGCCGACGACAAGAUCGACGUGCUCGACGAGGUCGUCGCCGACGACGCCCCCAGAGACGACGAAGUCGAGGACGACGACGAUCCGCAGCCGGGGCAGGGCGGAGGAUCGUCGGCCGGGUUUUUCUUCGAUCACGUCGCCGGCGUUAUCAGGCGGGGCUUGAACAAGAGGAAGAUCGAGGAUUGGGAUGAGGAUUAUAGUGGAUUUAGCGUGGGAUUGAGUGUGGUGGAUAAGAGCGUGGUGGCGUUUGGAUCGGACGACGUGCCGGUGGAUAUGGAGGUGCGGCGGAGGAUGACGGAGGUGGCGGGUGUGGAGGACGCGCUGAUGGUGAAGGUGGGGAAGAGAGGUUCGCCGCUGAGGGAGGGAUGGGGGGAGUGGUUUGAUAAGAAGAGUGAUUUUCUGAGGAGGGAUAAGAUGUUCAAGUCCAAUUUGGAGCUGUUAAACCCUCUGCAUAACCCAAUGCUGCAAGACCCCGAUGGCGUCGGGGUUUCGGGGCUGACUAGGGGGGACAAGGCUGUGCAGAAAUGGUGGCUGAGUCAUUUUAAGAAGGUGCCGUUUCGGAGUAGGAAGAAGGAGAAUGCGAGUGGGAGUGGAGGCGUGGGAGUGGAGGUGAGUGAGGUGGAGAGAGCGGAGAGGAAGGCUUUGGAUGAGAGUGGAGGAGGUAAGGUUGAGGUAGCAGUUGGGGGAACUGUUGGACAGAUUAGUGAGUCGGUUCAGAAUGAGUUUUCAGGUCUUGUUUAUGCGGACGGCAAGAGAUGGGGUUUCUAUCCUGGUUUGCAUCCACAUUUGUCGUUUCCGGAUUUUAUGGAGGAGUUUUUUAGCAAGGGGUGUGAAUUGAGGGUGUUUAUGGUGUGGAAUUCUCCGGCUUGGAUGUUUAGUGUGAGGCACCAGCGGGGGCUUGAGAGUUUACUCUCCCAUCAUCGACGUGCCUGUGUUGUAGUGUUUUCUGAGACAAUUGAGCUUGAUUUCUUUAAGAAUAGCUUUGUAAAAGACGGGUACAAAGUUGCUGUUGCUAUGCCAAAUCUUGAUGAGUUACUAAAGGGUACACCAACUCAUAUAUUUGCUUCUGCCUGGUUUGAAUGGAGAAAGACGAAGCAUUAUGCUACUCAUUACAGUGAGCUUGUCCGCCUUGCUGCUCUUUACAAAUAUGGUGGAAUAUAUCUUGAUUCUGAUAUUAUAGUCCUGAAAUCACUAUCUUCACUCAGCAAUUGUGUUGGUAAAGAGGAUAGAGUAGCGGGAGGUUCUCUGAAUGGUGCUGUAAUGGCAUUUAAAAAGAACAGCCUCUUUAUGAUGGAGUGCUUGAAGGAGUUUUACAUGACAUAUGAUGAUACUCGUUUAAGAUGGAAUGGGGCUGAUCUUUUGACAAGAGUUGCACGGAGGUUUAUGAGUAUUCGUAAUAAAUCUGUUAGACAGAUGGAGCUGAACAUGCUGCCAUCUUUUAUGUUUUUCCCAAUUGCUCAUCAGAAUAUCUCAAGAUAUUUCACUGCACCUACAACUGAGACUGAAAAAGCUCAACAAGAUAUUCUGUUUAGAAAGAUUCUGAAUGAGUCCUUGACAUUCCAUUUUUGGAAUAGUUUUACAUCUUCUCUGAUUCCAGAGACAGAGAGCCUUGCAACUAGGCUUAUUGAUCACCCUUGUAUCCGAUGCUCUGAUGUGUUGUGAAUCCUGUACAAUUCCUCUGUCAGGUCAAUAUUGAAAGGUCCAGAAAAAAACUCCAAGCUUACCAAGUAUUCCCUUGUCUCUGAGCUUAUCUCUGAGCUCAUGACCUUUCAUCUGUUCCGAAAGGUCAUGUGUCCUCUUUGUCUGCUCACGCUGAUGCAGAAACCAGUUUUAAGAAAUGCAGAAAUCAGUUUAAAGUAAUGCAGGCCACCUUUUGUAACUUUGGAAGUUAGUAGCUUAGGUAUCUUUCUCUCUGAGCCUAUGCCUUUCUUCCUAGAAUAGUCUCUUGCUAAAAGGGGUAUUGAAGAGAGUC